AUGAACACGAUCAUUUCGGUUUUCGAAACCUUUGGCGUAACACCAGUACGGUAUCGACCCGUGCUAGCUCCGCGUGUUCCUGCCGUCGCAGCACUCGCCGCUGCGAGAAGAGCUCCCGAUCAACGCAAAAAGCUCAAGGGGCGGACGCGAGAUUCUCAAGCCUCGCAGCUUUAUAACCUGGAGCUGGACGUCAUGGAUCUUCGACAGGAAAUCCAACGACUGACUGAAUACCAGCAAAUACUUAGUGCACGGACUUUCAAUCGUCGGGAUGCACUGGAUGGCUACUACGUCAAGACAGUGCAAGAGUACCACCGCGUGUUUGAGAACGGUUAUCACCCGGGCGCCUUGCUUGACCCUAACCAAUUCGUUAUCCAAGUCAUGGACGAGAACCUGCGUAUCGGUGACUUCAACGGACGUGGAGUGAUGCUGCAUCAAUGGGAACAGUACACGAAAGAUCUUUCGGAGCUCGAAUUUCACUACUUGCGGUCUCAAGUUGUAUCGGCGGAAGGACGGACGAUUGUGACGUCCUACGCCAGUUAUAGGCACGUGGUAACGCGAGACACUCUGGAGGUCAUUUUCCCUAAAGUACUGCGUCAAUACCCACGCAUCACGGCGAAGCUGCUGGGGCGUGUGUGCAAUGGUGUUGGGAGGAUCGACUUCACCUUCAACACGCAGAGUCACUACGUCGUUUCGUUCGACUUUGAAGUAGACUUUCUCGAGGUGUUUGCACGAUUACUUUGGGAUUCGCGCGAGUUAUGCGCCGUAUUCGACGGAGCAAGGAUUUCCGAGGAGUGUCUGAUUGCCAUGAGUGCUGAGCGACGUAGCUAUAGAAAGAGAAGACCCGUUACCAAUCACCACAUCAUGUGA